GCGCCCCUGUGCUUUCGAUGACACCGACCACUGUCGGAGUGGGCGACAGCGUGACCUUCACCUGUCAGUUUGACGCAGGCAGCCGGCCAACGGGCCUAUCCUACGCCUUUUACAGACAAAAUACAAGGCUGGAUGGAAGUUCCAACACCCUGAGCAUUUCAUCCCUUCAGGUCGUCAACGAAGGGAACUACGUCUGUAAGGUCACUUUCACCGGGUCACAGUUCGAGAGUGCGGAAAGCAACCAGCUGGGGAUUACCUCUCCUCCCUGUACCAGAACGGGAACAUGAUCAUGUCGUUUAGCACAGGAUCAGACGAGGCCAGUUUCUCGGGCAACGCCUUCAGCGCAGACGCCGGGGGCUACACGUGUACCUUCUCCAACACCUUUGGCGAGUCACCCCAGAGCGAAGUUCUUGGUCUAACCGUUCAAGAUUGGACCCCCAGUACACCGUCCGACUUUGGCAACACAAUUUCCCGUCUCAUGGCUGCAGAGCAGCCAAACGUCGUACAGUGUCCAGUCAACCAGAAGGAGAAUGAAGAUUUCUGCACACUCUACGUGGGAGGACAAAGACAGUACUGUGCCCACCCCGUCCCUCACGGAAAGGCGCACAACCAAAAACCAGUUCCAGAAAACGGCGUCCUCGGUCAUGAACUGCUACUCCAAAUAUGCCUCCAAGGGCUACUCGUUAUACCAGGACUCGGUCAUGUUGGGAGACAACCCUGCCUUCCAGGGAACCUUUAACGUGUUUACUUCCCUCAAGAAGGGACACUCAUACUCGUGUGAAGCCAGCACCCUCUUCAAAACCUCCAACAUGAGUGACACCACGUAUCUGCCCGGCGCGAAUGAAAUUACCUUGCAAGCUUCCCCUGCCAAAGCCACAGUGGGUCAACGCCUAGAGCUGACGUGCAACUUCGAUAAUCCGCGGAAUGAAGAGCUUCUCUAUACAUUUGUGAUCUACAGGGACGUUCCCGAAGGCAUGACCAAAAUGGAGACAAGGACCGAUGGUGCGACCUUGAUCUUUGACCCUGUGACCGCUGGUGACGCAGGCCUGUACUCCUGCCAGGUGGAGUUCAGGGGCAUGACCUUCACGGGGUACCAAACCUACGUCAUGCAAUUCACACCUCUGCCACCGCCCACUGUGACCAGCUUCAUUAGUUCAGCUGUUGAUGGUCAGUCAUCAGCAUUGACGGUGGACUUAACCUGUACAGUGAGAGGAGUGUUCUAUAACUCGGAGAACAAGAUCAGACUCUACAAGGAUGGUUCACCGAUAAGAACUGUGCCGUACGAAGAGACGUCCGGAUUUUUUAAUUAUUUCCAGGUGGACCGGAAGUAUAUGAUUGACGCUUCUCGUUCCGAAAACUACGGCACCUACACUUGUACUGCUGUCAACAGCUAUGGCGAGUCCGUGCAGAGCGAAGAGGUUAUUGUGCAACCAACAACACUUAAGGUGAUGACGCCAUUGGUACCCGAACUGACCUUCUCUCGUGACGCAGAGGGAAACUCCUUCAGGGCGGAUGACGGCGAUGUCUAUCAGAUGUUCGCAGAGGGCCAAGAUGUUUUCGUCAAGUGUUGGGCCGGCUUCCAGAACAUAGACUCCAUUACCAGCAUGAAGUACCCAGUUCCAGGCAGAACGUACAGCUUCUUUAACGGAGACCAGCAGGUCAGUUCAGGAAACCCUGGGGGGAUCGUCAAACUGCCGGCCCUAUCCAAGGGAACCUACAACUUCACAUGCCAGGUCAACGACAGGGUAGGCAACUCACCCAGCAGCUGGCCGCUGGAAGUCCGCAUCGUGGAACCGGAGGAGCUUCCACGCCGGAGAUCUUCACAAUACAGUCACCAUCUUUAGAAGCCGGAAUGACCUUGACCCUGUACUGUCUAGGAGCCAGCUCAACCUCUACGGAGGCCAUCCUUUACUUUGACCGCACAAAAACAGAGAACUACCUGGAGGUCGACAGAUCCACUGAGUUCAAACUCGACAGCAUCGGUCAGAUCCGCUUUAUGUUCACCAUCAAAGCGGUCUCUGACGUCAAUGAUGGCCACUACAGCUGCACCAUGCGCAACGGACGCGGGGAGUCUGCCAAGGCUGAUGCUAUCCCCAUCACAGUUGUAGAUAUCAAUGAGUGCCAGUCUGGAAACCAAUGCCCCAACAACCGUCAAUGCAGGAACACGCCCGGCUCUUUCCAGUGUCUCUGUCUAGAUGGCUCUCAGCCUGACAACAACAACAACUGCCCAGGAGACACCACCACCACGUGUGCCGACAACCCAUGUGAACAAAAUCAACAAUGUGUGGACCAGAACUCAGGAUUCGCAUGUAACUGUCUACUUGGCUACAUGACUGGCGCAGUUGGCUGUGUUGAUAUAAACGAAUGCCAGCAAAGUCCUUGCGGUGCAAAUGCAAGGUGCGAUAACAACCUGGGAUCCUACACUUGCUCAUGCUUACAAGGCUAUCAAGGCAACGCCAACACUGGUUGCGUAGAUAUAAACGAAUGCCAGCAAAGUCCUUGCGGUGAAAAUGCAAGGUGCAAUAACAGCCUGGGAUCCUACACUUGCUCCUGCUUACAAGGCUAUCAAGACGAUGCCAACACUGGUUGCGUAGAUAUAAACGAAUGCCAGCAAAGUCCUUGCGGUGCAAAUGCAAGUUGCAAUAACAACCUGGGAUCCUACACUUGCUCCUGCUUACAAGGCUAUCAAGGCGAUGCCAACACUGGUUGCGUAGAUAUCAAUGAGUGCCAGUUUUCAAACCAAUGCCCCAACAACCGUCAAUGCAGGAACACGGCCGGCUCUUUCCAGUGUCUCUGUCUAGAUGGUUCUCAGCCUGACAACAUCAACAACUGCCCAGCUGCGAUUACCUUAACGCUUACGUUGCCAAACUACAAGUUGUCUGAGGAACAAACACAACCUGGCACCGCUGCAAACAACAAGAUUAUUGAAGAGUUGAAGGAUGCGACUGACAACGCAUAUGGUGAAGUGAUCAAAGCUUCAACGCUGCUGACCGACGUGAACGUGACUGUUAAUCAGGACCAGGAGAAACCCACAAUCACGAUAAACAACCAAAGUAAAAAGCGAAUGUGCCCACCAUUCACUGCAAGGCAGUCAAGGUAUCCCUACAGGGCAGCGGUAUCAGCUGGAGAUCCUUCGACCUCUGGUCGUCCCGCGCUGCAGCAGGUCCAGGACGACAACGCCACGCCGCACAGGUCCAGGGCCGCCAACGCCUUCGUGCAGCAGGCGGGGAUUACCCGCAUGGUUCGGCCAGCCAACAGUCCAGACCUCAAUCCAAUUGAACAGUUGUAG